CUAUGUUGAGUGUUGACCUAAUGGAUUUUGAUUCUUUCAAUCUGUGUCUCUGCCCAAAGCCCAAACAAGAGCUAUCUUCCAAUUUAGGGGAGUGAGUUUGUUCUUGAUUUCUCCAAUAAAACAACCACCAAAUGUCAUCAUUCACCACCCUUUCUUUCUUUCCUCCUUUAAUGGUUUAGGUUUUUUGCUUUUUCACACCUCUCUCUCUCUCUCUCACUCUUUCUCUGUCUUGUUGAGCACACUCUUGUGCUUGGUAGCUUGUGCCGUUGAGUUAAUGGGCCCUGAACUCCACUGAACAUUAAUGGGUGUGUAAGAGAGAAGGGGUCUUUAUCUCCUCUCAGUGCUCUUCGUGUCCCCCAUUUUCGUGCUGUCUCGCAUUUGCGUUUCUUGGGUUUUUACUUUUUCUGUGAGGAUGGAGAUAAUAUGAUGAUUUUGACUUCUCUCUGUGGAGGCCAUUACAAGUGAGGUUCUUUCGAUGUGGGUCUUUUGACUUUUGAUAUGGGCUUUGAUGAUAGGAUUAAUUGGUUUCCUUCUUUGGCCAGCUCCAGAUUUUCUGCAAUACGAACAGCUUUUGAGUCUUCAAGUUAGGUUUUUAAAGCCAUCCGUGACUUCUUUUGAGCUUGGUCUGUGAUUUGGUGGUGAAAUUUGGAAGAUCAAGAGGCCAAUCUCUUGAAAAUCGACGAGGGUUCUAUGAAGCUGGGGUUUAUGUGCUGUCGGUGAUUUCUGGUUAUGGGCUAAUGCUGAUUGUUCAGGUGUCUUGUGAUAAAUCUGGCACUGGCAAGGUCUUGAUUCAAGGGAAAUGGACAGAGUAAUUCAACCUCCUCUGGUUGAUACAACAGCCUGUUUAUGUAGAGUAGAUGCUGGCCUGAAAACUGUUGCUGGAGCUAAAAGAUACGUCCCUGGUAGUAAGCUUUGUCUCCGGCCUGACAUUAAACCGUCCAUUCAUCCAACUAGGACCAAGCCAUCCCGUGGUGACCGGAGCCGGAACCAAUCUCCUUUGCUUCCAGGACUCCCCGAUGAUCUUGCAAUUGCUUGUCUAAUACGUGUUCCCAGGACGGAACACCGUAAGCUUCGACUGGUAUGCAAGAGAUGGUACCGUCUUUUGGCUGGCAAUUUCUUUUACUCUCUUCGAAAGAGCCUUGGAAUAGCUGAGGAAUGGAUAUAUAUAAUCAAAAGAGACAAGGAAGGGAAAAUCGCGUGGCAUGCUUUUGAUCCCGUAUACCAGCUGUGGCAAACCCUUCCCCCUGUCCCGAAGGAAUACUCUGAAGCUCUUGGAUUUGGUUGUGCUGUUCUAAGUGGCUGUCACCUUUACUUGUUUGGUGGAAAGGACCCGAUAAAGGGAUCAAUGAGGCGAGUCAUUUUUUAUAGUGCCAGGACUAACAAAUGGCACCGUGCACCAGAUAUGCUUCGUAGACGGCAUUUUUUCGGUUCAUGUGUCAUAAACAACUGUUUGUAUGUAGCCGGUGGUGAGAACGAGGGUGUGCAUCAUUCCUUGAGGUCAGCUGAAGUUUAUGAUCCCAACAAAAAUAGAUGGUCUUUCAUUGCUGAUAUGAGCACAGCAAUGGUGCCCUUCAUUGGGGUAGUUUAUGAGGGAAAAUGGUUUCUGAAGGGGCUUGGCUCUCACCGACAAGUUCUGAGUGAAGUUUACCAGCCGAGAACUGACAGUUGGGACCCUGUAUACGAUGGAAUGGUUACGGGCUGGAGGAACCCAAGUGCAUCCUUAAAUGGGCAUUUAUAUGCUUUGAACUGCAAGGAUGGCUGCAAACUUAGGGUUUAUGAUGAAGCGACGGACUCUUGGAGUAAGCAUAUUGACAGUAAGAUGCAUUUGGGGAAUUCUCAGGCAUUGGAGGCAGCUGCGCUCGUUCCACUGAAUGGAAAAUUGUGCAUCAUCCGAAAUAAUAUGAGCAUAUCACUGGUUGAUGUUUCGAAAUCUGAUGACGUUAAAGGGCCUACUGCUGAACAUUUAUGGGAAACCAUAGCAGGGAAAGGACAGUUCAAGAAUUUGGUCACAAAUCUCUGGUCUAGUCUUGCUGGCAGGAACCGCUUAAAGAGUCAUAUUGUUCAUAGCCAAGUUCUUCAAGCAUGAAGACUGGAAAAAUAUAUCAAAAUCCUAAUGUGGGUUUUGGUUGUUUUUGUGCCUUUUGGUUUUGCUUGAUCUGGCAUCUGCUGUUACAGCUUGGAAGAUGAAGACUGACAGCUUGUCGGGGAUGAUCGGCCUGGGUGCCCAUAGGUCCGGCGUAGUAGGAUUCAAAAGUGAAGUUUAGGAAGGAUCAUGUACCCAGGAGGUGCUAGAUGAGUGAGAAUAUUUUGAUAAACUCCAAGUGUUACUUACAAAUAUCAAUGUGUUAUAUAGUUGUCAUUUUAAGUUAAAACCCUUCGUUUCCUUGCAA